AUGUCUUCUCGCUGGCGCGCUGUGGCUGCGUCUGCCCCUUUUUCCCUUCUCGCCCGUUCUUUUCUUUUUCUUGCCUUCGUCGCCUUCUUGUGCUCGUUUUCAGCUUGCCUCUGCGGAGCUCUUUCUUCCCUGAGCCGUUCUUCGCAUUCGGCGUCUCCUUCUCACCCGCUGCAAUUGUCUCCUUCCCACUGGCCUCAGGGUGCUCCCCCACCUUUCUCUUCUCCGCCUUGCGGUCUGCGCCAUUUGCCUUCUGUCAGCUCUGGCUCCCUGCUGCCGUGUGCGUCAACUCUUGUACGCGGCGAUGAAGUCUCCAACGAGGCAAUCUCUCCCUUGGGUUUUUCCCCUCAGCCUUCGCAGUCUCUGCUUCCCUGCAGCGCCCCUGGGCUCUUCCAUUCGCUUAAUGCGACAUCCCUGAGGCCGCCAUCUGACUUGUCGGCAGACUCUUUCGUCUCACCUGGGUUUCAGCUGCCCUUCCUUCUUUCGCCUUUGUCCUCUCGCUUCCGCUUCGCCUCGCCCGUGGCGCCCCUGUGGGCCCCUUCUCCAUCUUUCGCUUCGUUGUCGUCUUCAUAUUAUUCUUCACUCUUUUUCCUUGCCUCAGCCGCUUCGCCUCCUCCUGUCACUCUCCACUCGCCUCUCGCCUCGUCCUUCGCUUCUAGCUCGUCUCAUCCUCGCGGGCUUCUAGCCGCCGUAGCUCCGUGGUUUUCGCCCGGUCCGGCGCCUUCACCGCCUUCUUUUCUGACUUCUUUGAAGGCCUUCUCUCCCGCCUCUGCCGCUCCUCCGCUGCCGGCCUCGCCUUCGGCGUUCCUCUCCCUUCCUUCAUCUUCUUCCGCCGUGUCUCCGCCUGUCUCCGCACCGUCGCCUCCUCCUCUCUGUCGUGAGCCUUCGACCCCUGUCUGCGAGUCUCAUUCAUCUCCUCCUUCGUCUCGCCGCCCUGCCUUCGCUUCGCCACGCGCGCAGCCUUUCCGCGCCAGAGCCGCCGGCCGCGCUGACCGCGGCGGCGGGCACCAAGUCAAAUCCAGAGCCCCUUUCGCGUCCCUUUCGGGACAGCGUCCCGCCGCCGGCGUGCCAUCUCUGCGCAUGCGCGGCUGGGGACGAAACAGCGAGUACGCGUGGGAGGAGGAAGACGAGACCCUGAAGGUAUACGUGGCGGUGGAGCCCGAGGCGACGAGCCGCGACGUCGACUGCGUCAUUGGCCCCAGGUCGCUUUUCCUCAAACUAAGGAACCGAAAAAUGCCGCUGGUGGAUGGAACGCUCAAGGGCCGCGUGUCUGUCGAGAACUCCUACUGGUGCAUCGAGAGCAUCAACGCGAGAAACAAGCUGCCGCAGUGUAUGACCCCCGCGGCGGACUCUUCGCAGCUUCACUCGCAUGCGUCUCACGCUGCUCACUCCCACGCCUCUCCGCCGCCUCCGCCCUCGCCUGCGCCUGCGUCCGCUUCCUCGUCUGCGUCUCCUUCCGCGCGCCUGCCCUCAGACGAGGAGAUUGCGAAGGCGCCUUGGCUGGGCCUCGACCUCGUGGAGCACCCGCCUCCGCCUUCGCCGGCUGCUGCGGACACCGGGAAGCUGCUGACGGUGUAUCUGCAGAAGAAGCCCCUUUCAGGAACGGGCCUGGGGGGGCCCGCCAGCGGCGGCGGGGCGGCGCCGCUGCCCGAGUGGGGCGGCGUGCUGGAGGGCGAGGAAGUCGAUGACAUUUUUUACGAUGUCCUGCCUUCCAAGAUGCGCGAUCUCACACCCGCACACCGCGCACAGGAAUGGGUGCCUGGAGUCCUGCUGUAUCGGCAAGCCUUUCCCGCGUCGUUCACGCGUCAAGAAGCGCUGCAGUUCAUCGACGCGUGGACGCGCGCCAGGAGCGCGGUCGGCGCGGACGCCAUCGCCGCAAGCCCUUCGCUGACGAGCGCGUCUUUGGACCCUAGUGCGUCGCCGUCGCUCCUCGCGAAAACGCAAGCUGUGUUGACUCCGGCGGCCGACCCGUCCGCGAACUUCGGGCUGCCCGCGACGCAGAUGUUCAUCGUGGCCUCUCCACUAGCCGACGGCGUGCGCCUCUCCUUUGAAGGGCCGCCAGCGCCGCGGACACCUCGCGGCGCGGCGCGUGCCGCUGCGCCCAGCCCGCGAGUCUCUGCAGUCUUCUCGGCGCCCCUCGCCACGCAGCACGACGACGGGAAGGCCGCCGUCUCCGCGUCGGCGCCAGACGCGCGCUCCUCCAGCCUCGGCGAGUCGCUCUCUGCAGCCACUGCGAGUCAGCUCCUCCAGGGAGAAGGGCGCGCCGCGCGCUACGACGAGGACGGGCACUGGAUGCCAGAGGACAGCAUCGACAUUCGCGUCAUCGGCCGCGGCGCAGAAGAAGACGAGUUGCGCGGAGCGUGCGACGGUGAGCGCGAGGCGGACGCGGAGCGCCUUGACGCGCGCCUCAGAGAGAAAAUCACGCGUGACAGCUUCGCGCUGGAACUCGUUGUGCUCAGGGGCCCUGUGGGGUCCGGCGGCAAGGGACAGUUCGGGCCGCUCCUCAGUCUCCAAGUGCGCGACACCGAGGAGCGCUUGCUCAAGAAGCUGCAGCAGGACUUGCUAGGCGUGACGCUUGCGAUGAGGGAGAAGCUCCACGCGAGGGACAUGGAAAAGAAAGAAAUGGAGGACGACCUCUUCGGUCCCCCCAAAGACCUCUGCCACGACAGCUUGGCGCGGGAAAUCAACGCGACACAGGACGGUUCCACUUCUUCAAGCUCUGCGUCCGCGACGCCUACCGCCUCCCCGGAGUCGCCCUCGCCCGCUGCAGGCCCUGGCGACUCGCCCUCCGCCUCCGCUGUCUUAUCCCCGAGUUCGGCUUCUGACACGUCCGCGCCUCUUGAUCGCUGGGCAGCCUCUGCUCCAUCGGUCGCUGCGGCACCGCCGGCAGCGGACGCCGUGGACGUCGACACCGAUGAGAUCACGCCGGAAUGGAUUGAGAAGUUUCCAGCCCUGAAGGCAUCGAUUGAGGAGGAGCGCGACUGGCUCGCCAAGUUCCCCCUGCAGACGAAGGACGGCACGAGGCUGGUGCCUUCGGCGCGUGCAGAGGACGCUGAACUUAGUGGCUCUAAUGACGAUGCCAUGCGCCGCCGCAGGGGCAGCGAGGCGGACCGAGAGCGAGCGCGAGCGGCGCGGAAGAGGACACACGAACAGCGGAAUCCUUACGGCAUCAAAGUGAUUGACCUCGACGACAAGAGCGGCCACAAAACCCCGGAAUUCAUGCAAAACUGGAGCCCUGAGAGGAGGCGCGAGUUCCAGCGGGAAGUUGUGCAUGACCUCGAGCAAAACAUUCGCCGCUGUCAGGAGACAAAAGAAGUGCUGUCGAUGGCGGAAGUCACGCGGCACCUGCAGACCUUUUUGAACUUUUCUGAUGCGGAAAUCCAAGACAUCUGGAGGGCGGGGCAUACCGAGGCAUCGCGGUUCAUUAACGACCCUCGGCGCGACCUGGAGAACCUGAAAAAAAACCAAGAAAAACGAAAAACGGCGUGGGCGCAGCACGAGCUGUUCUUCCCGGUCGGCGAGAAGCACACGGACCACGACGACGACGCAGAAACAGAAAAAGUAGACGUCUUCGACCUCAUGGCCGGUCCGGGGCCCGACGUGGCGCCUCCGCACACGAUGGGCUUCAAAGUCAUGCAGACCGACUAUGACCAGCCGCUUCAUCAGAGAUGGGAGGCGAUGUCGGAGCGCGAGCAGCUGGAGCUGCGUGUCAAGCUCCGCGAAAAGGAAGCGCGUCUCGACAUGCUUGUCUACGAGUUGAUGGAAGCGACAGACGAGGGUGUGUUUCCCGUGAUUUGCGACCAGUACAAAGACCUUCUCAUGGACGAGCAGUUCCUCCUCCUCAUGAAGCUCCACAUCCGGGAGCGGCCGCCGCGGACCCGCAAGGAGAAAGACAUCCUGGUUGUAAUCAACAAGUUCGUCGUUUCGCUGUACGAAGACGUCGAGGCACUGGCCGUGCAGAACGAGAAGGAACAACUAGAAAAAAUUCGCCUUCUCUGCAUGCAGGCGCUCGUCGACGUCGAGAAACUCACCGAAUACGCGGAGUCGAUGAAGCAGCUGCUGAACCGCGACUUCCUGGCCUACCUCGAGUUCGCCAUCCAUGCAGAGAGGAAGCGCAUCCAGAAGGAAGGAAAUAACCCUGAUGCUGCGCCCUCUCGGUGGCUCAUGGUUCUCAUGAUCAUCCACAAAGGCGUCAUGGCCAUCUACGAAAAAGAAAUUUGGGAGGACGUGCUGUGGAUCACCAUGGUCGUCACGCAGAAGCCGCCGGAAGUUCGCCGGAAGCUCCUCGAGCUCUUCGUGGCGCAGAUCCCGAAAGCCGACUGGAAGCAGUUCAAGCGCGUGGCUCUGAGAAUGGCUGACGCACUCGCCAAGGGCGGAGACUCGCACAGCCCCCUUUCGUUCCCGUCGUGCCCGUGGGUGCCUGAGGCCGUGGCGCAGCUGGCGCGCGAUUUGGAGCGCAUUUUGCCUGAUUGGAUGAUUGAAGGCAUGAUGACGGACUUCGACAAACAAGUGCUGAAGCAAAAGAUGGACCGCAUGUCCUUCCUGUGGGGCGAGAAGGACUUGGAGAGCCUCCGCAAUGUCAACGUCACUCUGCCAAAUGUGUCCGAGAUGAUGAAGGAGCAAAUUGAACGCGCUACGGAGGUCUUCAACAAGCCCCAGGAACUCACGGAACGCGGGGUACACGCCAUCACCUGA